GGAGGGGAGCCGUCUACCUUCCGCUACUGGGCUGGAUUGACACACAAUGAGGAGCAGAGGCUGGAGAGACGCUCCACAAACGCCGCUGUAAAUAAAUACAACAAUCACUGAGGCCAGAGAAACAUGGAGAACCAGUGCACAGUGCAGGUGAAGCUGGAGUUGGGCCACAGAGCACAGCUAAGGAAGAAAGUGACAUCAGAAGGUUUCACCCACGAUUGGAUGGUGUUUGUCCGAGGGCCAGAGACCGGCGACAUCCAGCACUUUGUAGAAAAGGUUGUCUUCCGCCUGCAUGACAGCUUCCCCAAACCUAAGAGAGUAUGCAAGGAGCCUCCAUACAAAGUGGAGGAGUCGGGCUACGCAGGCUUCCUCAUGCCUAUUGAGGUUUACUUCAAGAACAAGGAGGAGCCCAAAAGGGUGUGUUUCAACUACGAUCUGUUCCUUAACUUGGAGGGUAACCCCCCGGUCAACCACCUGCGCUGUGAGAAGCUCACCUUCAACAACCCCACCAAAGAAUUCAGGAGAAAGCUGAUCAAAGCUGGAGGGGUAUUGGUCGUUCCAGAGGGGGCUGAAGCUGUGUCCAGACCCAGUCCGGAUUACCCGAUGCUCCCCACCAUUCCCCUCUCUGCCUUUUCAGACCCCAAGAAAACCAAGACCUCUCAUGUGUCAAAGGAACCCAGCAAAGAAGGAAGUGGUAGCAGCAGCAAAGGAACCAAACAGCACAAGCUGACCAAGGAGCAUCGUGAACGGCCCCGAAAAGACUCUGAGAGCAAAGCCACAUCCAAAGGAGACAACGACAGAGAUGGAAGUAGCAAGAGUGUUCGCGAUCCUUCCUCUUCCUCAUCCUCGUCUUCAAAAAAGCCACCAGAGAUCAAAGUGAAGGAUGAAGUAAAGGUCCUACCCAAGGCUGCAUUCAAGGAGCCUAAACUCACCCUGAAGGAGUCAAAGAUGGAGGGCAUGUCCCCUAAAGGAGGGGGGGCUGGGAGCGGAGGGGGUGGUGGUGGGGGAGGAGGGGGCGGGGGAGGGCCGACAGAGUCCAAAGCUCCAGGGAAACGGCCCUCCACUGUGGAGUCUCCCAAACCCAGUGCAAAGAAGCAGAAGAAGGGCAACUCUGAGGGGCCAAAGGGGCCAGCAAGUGGGGCCUUCACAGGAAAUUCUCCCCGUGUUUCCUCCUCGUCUGCAGCUACCCAGCCCUACGCUGAGAAGAAAGCUCCCAAGGAAAAAGGUCGCUGGGCCAAAGUCAAAAAUGACACACAGGAGCUGAAGGAGCCCAAGAAACUUCCAGAGUCGGAAGAGUCGAAUUCAGAAGACGAAGCAUCUUCAAAGUCAGAGCAGUCAGCCCCUUCAAGUCCUUCCAAUUCCAGUUCCAGUUCUGGCUCCAGUUCAGACUCAGACUUUGAGCCAGGACAAAAACAAGGGCAAGGGCCUCUACGAUCCAUGGUGGAGGAGAUCCAGUCAGAAGAGUCGGAUGAUGACGACAGCAGCUCAGAGGAGGAGACCCCCAUCAAGACCAAUCCCCCCAACCGCGACUCUCGACUCAGCCUCGACAGCGAGAGUGACAGCAGUGAUGGCUCGCACCGCCCCAGUCGAGACCCCGCCCCGCCCCCACAGAAACACAGUUCCUCCAAUAACAAAGUGUCAGGCAGAAAGAGUCCAGAUUCCUCGUUUCGCUCAGAUAAGGUGUUGAAGAAGGGAUACGACAAGGUAGGAAGGGCCUACACAGAGGAACUGGUGGACCUCCAUCGCAGACUGAUGGCUUUACGAGAGCGUAACGUCCUGCAGCAGAUUGUCAACCUGAUAGAGGAGACGGGCCACUUCAACGUGACCAACACCACCUUUGACUUUGACCUCUUUUCACUGGACGAAUCCACCGUCCGCAAACUACAGAGCUACCUUGAGGCGACAGCCACGUGACAGGAAGUGGAAACCGGCAUGUGGAUGGCGGCAGCGGCGGAGGUAGACCCGCCACCGCUUUUCCUCUGUAAGGAGGCGACAAGCAGCUAUUUCUGUCGCAGCUGUUUCACAGGCCUGACUGAACCAUCAAACAACUACCACACAAACAGAAACAGAAACAUACGAACAAACGCAAGCACACAUGAAGACACACCACCUUUACAUGAUGCUGGCGAGGGAGGGGGAGGAGGAUCAGGAUCAGGAAGUGUGGAAGGGAGCACCAGAGUAGCUGAUCUCCGUCUACAGUCAG